AUGAAAUUGCAGUCGCUCAUCGUGAUCGGAUCGAAUUAAGUUGCAUAAAAUGAAAGAAGAUGAGUAAAGUGCCAGGAAAUCAUAGAAACUAAAAUGGCAAGUGCGGCCCCGCAGCCUCUGGUCGUUGUGCAACAAGAGGAGAAGAUGAAGAAGUUCCGCGACUCGAGUUCUGUCAAGGAGCUGUACCCGACUGGCGUCGCUGUUGGCGGAGGUCGUGCCACGACGACCAGGGUGAGUACAGCCAGCAUACCCCAGGCGGAUCAUGUCCUCGGCGCUCCUGCAGCAACAAGGACAUCAACAUCCUCAAUGGCGGCCCAUCCGCGUGAAGUAAAAGAGGCGGCGGAACAAGAAGAAGCGAAGAACCGGAAGAUCCGGCUCAUUUCCAGCACCCCCACUGAGCACCUGUUGCAGAUCAAGGAGGAGCUCUACGAGGAAGCAAGCAUGAUUCUGGAUCGGCUAGAGAGGCAGGACCAGGACAAAGUGCUGAAAGAAAUGGAGCACCAUAUUCUACGUAAGACCGUCCCCACCCCAGAGUCAAGAUAGGGAUAUUGCAACGCAAACCUAGAAGUUUUGGGAGUCACGCAUGACAAGUUGCAGUCCGUAAUGUAGUGCAGGUUGGCAAGGACAUCCGCAUUACAAAAUCAUCUGCUGAUCCUGUUUACAGCAUUACAAAUUUUUCCAAAACACCACUGGAAAUUAUGCCUAUCAUGGAGAUGCGCAUCACAAAUGUUCCCGUCAUUGCAAAUCUGCAUGACAGGGGGGACGUUUUUACUCAGGAUACACCAGGUGCUCUUGAAGCAGCUGGGCCACGGCGCCGACAACCAACCCAGCAGUCCGUACGCGCGGAGUAUGCAAUACAAAUUUCCCGUACAUGUACAAGAUGCAUCACAAAUUUCGCCAAUUUGGAGCGCAAAACUUGUCAUGCUACACUAGCAUCGAACCCAAGUUUUGUCAUGCGGAGACCUCAUUUGUACGUGAACGUGUACGGGAAAUUUACUGUGGAUACGGAGACGGUCUGAAGCCGUUCGAAAAUCAAUCGUGGAGGCGGAGAUCAAGGGGAGAGCUGCCACCAGCACGGCCGCACAAGAGGAAGACGCGAGAAGUACAAGCAUGCAGAUGAGCAAUAAUACUAACACAGCGACGUCCUCGUCCACCACCGCGAUACCAAGGAGCGUGCCGGGCGGGGUAGGACUUGGAUUCGCUAGCACGUCCCCUGCCACCGCUGCUGUCGCAGAUGAUGAGCACAUCAAGACGGAAGCAGAGCCACCGGGGCAGUCGUCGACAACAGCAGCAUUCUUCACCAGUUUCCUGCCCAGCUACCUCACAACUACUGGAGGAUCUAGUACGGCCGCUUCGGCUCCUUCGGCUCCCAUCGGCGCAAACAGUGGGGCAGAGGCAGUUGUAGGGGAAGAGGCAGAGUCAGCAAAGAUGUUGAACAACGAACCAAUGCGAACGACAGGCCCUUCCCGACCACCUGUGAGUGGUUUAUGCGUUGCAAAUACGGUGUGGUCUAGAAGAUGACAAGACUUGUUGUGAUGCUGAGCUAGCAUUGCUUUAGCACUCGCAUUACUUAGCAUUGAUUCCAAUGUACGCGGCCCGUUGUGCUCUGUAUUUUCUUAUCGCGGAAUCUUAGCGCCUUCUGAGGCGCGUGAAUACGCUUACGCACUACAGUAGUAGAACUGCUCGAAAAGUUAUUUGUCAUGCUAGGCUGCGUAAGUAUGAAGAAUGCUGUCACUUCUCCGUUCAUCUAGUGCUGGCAACGUGAAGAUUUAACAACUUUCCAGACCCACAGAACAUAUUUGCAGUCGAUACGAUGCGGGUAGUUCGCCAGUGAGCAAUUGGUCGAAGUUACGGGGUGCUGUGAAAACAACCGCCGCCUUUAAAACCGCGGCGAAGACUAGGAAGCCGCUGGCUGUACGGCCUUCGCAGAACAUGAUCCACGCCGAAUUGCAACUGGGGACGCACCGCGGGAUAUUGAAGUCCGGCUACUUAACGACUGCAGACGAGCUGCUGCCGCUAGCACCACCCGGAAACAAAACGAUGUAUGGCGCAGGGCGUGGCGGAGAGACCAGCAUGAUGAGCCAGCAGCAGCACCCACAGAGGCGGUCGCUUGUUAGCACGUCCUUCCACCCUUCGCAGCUGGAUGCAUACCACUACGAGAUCACCCGGGCCAAAACCACGAUCUUGAACAAGGAAGAGUCCGCCAAAAUUGUGUUGGAGCAGAAGAAGCAAGAACUGCAGGAGCAGGUGUCACGGCUGCGAAGCUUCAAACAGCAACUGGUGGAGAAGGUGGAGAAUCUGAAAGAAGAAGUGGCGGAAAAGCAGUCCCACCUGAGCUACGAGAAGGCGCAACGAAUCGUGUUCGAAAACGAGCGGGGACAAAUUUUGAAGCGCGGAAAGUUGGCCGAAAAGCUCGCAGGGCUGGGAUCCGGGGACGGCGGGACUAGCGGCAGUUCAUCCAGUAGCACAACAACUACUCCUUUUUUGAACAAUAUGAGAGAGCACAAUUUCCCCUCCCCCUCGUUGAUAUGGCAUGAGCAGCAAGAGACUGAGUGCCAGAAGGGUACACCUUACUAUCUUCCGCAUGACAUCGUCAAAUCUUCUACUCAUGGAGCGUAGGACUCUUUCAGGUUCCAAAAUUUCUCAUGUGAGCAGGGCUUACUCGGGAGAUAAGGAUAACUGAGAGCUUGGCAUCUUGCAUCACAAACGAGGGGGAGGGGGAGAUGUGCAGUCUCAUAUUGAAGAUCGUGCCUGGGCAAGUGGUCACCUCCGGCGCGGCGGACAACGUCGACGCCGCAUCCGGAAUAUCCUGUGCAAAAGCAUCGUACGAGUAUAAAUUGCAAUACAAAUUUCCUCAGCAUGAGAAAUAAGAUUUGUAAUGCGGAUCUACCUUAGGAAAAAAAUUUGUAAUGCAUACCUCCAAUUAGUACUUUUGCAAUGCAUACGGAACGUUUCCCGAGACGGCGAGCAAAACCGCGGAAGGCAGCGGCGGGCGGGAAAUAUCAAUUGCGGGACCACAGCUAUCGCAAGAAAAAAGUGUUACACUUACACAUUGUAUUGCAGGCCAAGCAAGACAAACAAGCUCUGUCAUGCCGGAUAUGCAUCGGAGCCUCGUUUCAUAGGUGUUUUCCCGUAGGAUUUCUGCAUUACAAGUUUUCUCUCUCAUGCAGGGAAAUUUGUGUUGCUGAAUUCACUACAAGAAAUGUGUAACUGUAACACUUUUUUCGCGGGACCACAGCACCAACAAGAAGCACGACACUCAUUUAUCCUGAGCAAAAAUGUACCCACCCCAGAGUUGUCAUGCAGAUUUGCAGCUACAGGAAGAUUUGUAAUGCGCAUCCACUUGAGAGGCAUUUCCAAUCGCGUUUUGCGCUUUGUAAUGCUGUCGACAGGAUGAGUAGAUGGAUUUGUGUUGCGGCUGUGCUUGCUAAACUGCACUACAAUACAGAGACGAACUUGUCAUGCUGGACCCCCAAAACUUCUCGAUUUGUGUUGCGAGAUCCCCAGCUUGACUCUGGUGUGGGGACGUUUUUACAUGGGAUAUCAUUUCCCACCGCCCUCGACGCGCCGUCCUCGUCCAGCGGCUCGAAUGCGUGGCUGCACAUGCAGUCGCGGGUACGAAUUGCAAAUAUGUCUGGGUCCGGAAAAAAGCAAGUUUGUCAUGCUUGUCUGGCAUGACUCGAGAAUCUGUGUUGCAUAGGUACGAAAAGGCCCUGCUCUUGCCUAUCAUGCACUAACGCAGUUUAUCAUGCGGAAUACGUAAGAACACAUGGCAGCCAAAAAAUUUGUUAUGCGUAGCUGCGUAUUGCAGUGCGUGUGCGUCUAUCAUUCACUCAUAGCAUUACAAGUUUCCAGACCCAGACAUAUUUGCAAUGCAUAGCGGGCCUAUCAGAACGAAAUCUCCGCACAGAAACUAAAGCUGCAGCAGACGGCGCAGAAAAUCGAGCAACUGAACCAGUUGUCGCUGGAAGCCGAAUUCGCAAGGGAAGAGCUGAAGCACAGCGAUUUGCCGCGGAAGAAACAGUUCCUGAAAUCGAUGGAAAUGAAGAUCGAGCGGGAGAAAACCAAUUUGAUGUACCUGCUCGACGGGAAUACGCAUUGCAAAUUAUAUCGAUCUGGGUCUGUGGAUUUUUGUCAUGCGGGUUUCAUUGAAGAACAAGAUGUAGUACUUAUGUGAUGCAUGGAGAGGAGUGCUGCAAGGUUUUGAUUUUGUGUCGUACUGCAAGGAACAAGACAGUUUUAUUUCACACGAUUUGCGAAUCAAUCCGCAGUAACUACUACAGCAUCAGAAAAAUUUUCGAAAAAAAAUUUGAAUUUCUAUAUGCUGUUAUGAAAUCCCUACAAGGGGCAACAAGAACUCUGCGACGCGAGUAUUCACAACAGGACUUUCCCGACCCAGACGUGUUUGCAAUGCAUACGGAACGCGGCCGUACUAUCCUGAGUAAAAACGUCCCCACACCAGAGUUGUAAUGCAGAUUUGCUAAGACAGGAAGACUUGUAAUGCGCAUCCCCAUGAUAGGCAUUCCCGAUCGCGUUUUGGAACUUGUCAUGCUGUAAACAGGAUAAGCAUAUGUAUUUGUAAUGCGACUUCCCUUGCUAAACUGCAUUACAAUACAGCCUGCAAUUUGUCAUGCGUGGCUCCCAAAAUUUCAAGGUUUGUGUUGCAAAAUCCCCAUCUUGACUCUGGGGUGGGGACGUUUUUACUCAGGAUACGUACAAAAAAACGUCGAGAAAACGAAGCGGGAAAAGGUGGAGACGGAAAUGGAGGUCCGUCGGCUGAAUAUCAACUGCAAAUACGUCUGGGUCUAGAUGAAGAAUGUGCAGGAGCUUGUCAUGCAGAUUUUGCAUGUUGACCCAUGAUGUCGGUGAUGCAUGCCCUAGCAUCACAGAUUCUGCGAGGGCUUUCUGAUGCUCAAACCGCAUGAGAAAUGCCCUCUCCACGUAGCAAAAAUUGGAGCUCUUUUGCUCUUUAUGCAAUACAGAUUUUAUGUAGAAUCGAAAGGCAGUAUCACAAGUUUGCAUCCUUCCAGACCCAGACAUAUUUGCAUUUGAUACUGAAACAGAAACUGAACGAGGAAAAAAACAAAAUGCUCAAGGUAUCAAAAGGAAAAAUCCCCCCUCCCCAUAUCAAAACGAAAUUGCUGAUGCUGGAUUUGCGUACACAAAUGAGAUCUGUCUUGCUGUAAGGAAUUGUGGCCAGAUUCUUAGGCUGUUUAGGAGCGCACGGGUCUAGCUGUAUAGCAUGGGAAAUGCCUACCCUGUCGGCCAACUAGCAUGACAAAUCGCACCCAUAAUGCAGCUCAUCCCUCAGCGCUUGCCUUCUUGCAAGACAAAAAUGAUUUGUGACCAGAAAUCUGCAUCACAAAUUUUCCGAAGGAUGCCUUUUCAGUAUGGGGAGGGGGUAUUUUUCCUUGCAAUACAAGGUCCGCGAUUCUGGCAGUGUGGAGUUUUUAGAGAACCUGAACGACGAUGAAAAGUUGCAGAAAGGCAUCGAUCUGGUCGUGCCGUGGCUGGUGUUGUUGAAAAACCUAGAAGACGCGUACGAACAGGAAACGCGAGAGUAUCUGCAAUUUAUCUCGCACUUGGAAAACCGGCACGCAAACAUGGACGAGCGCAUUAAGCUGCAGGAGCUCCGCUUGCUCACGACCGAAAAGGUCAGCGAGGUGAUUGAGGAAGCGAAGGUGGUGCUGAAAGUGCUUCCCGUAUCAAGUGCAAAUAUCCCUGGAUGUCUGGGAGAUUGCGAGAUUUGUCAUGCUAGAACUCCGUAUUGCGUGACCGCUGAACUCCGUAUUGCGUGCCCGCGAAGAGGUCCUCUUGUCUGUCAUGCAAAAACACAGCUUCUCUUGCGGAGUACGCAUCAACUCUGAAGCACGGAAAAACUUGUCAUGCUGUGGAGCGCAUUUUUAAAGUGUGCUCACUAUUCCCUUCCUUGCAUCACAAGUUUCGAGACAUCCAGGGAUCUUUGCAAUUCAUAUCCCGAGCUGAGCAGCAAGAUGAAAAACGAGCUGAAAGACUACCUGAACGCGAAAGAGCCGUUGCAGUUUCUGCAGUACAUUGACGCCGAGCGAGCCUUGUACCGGCAAGAGCUCACGGAGCUGGAGGGGAAACGGCUGGCGUUGCAACAGCGAACCCAGGAGUACGUCAUCGAGCGGAUGCAGCACAAAAUGGACCUGCGGAACCUACAAAAGCGCGCGCGACUGGAAGGCGUGCACGUGAAAGUGCGGCUCAAGAACAAGUACAAUCUUCUACUCGAGCGCCGGUUGAUUCAGUUUGGUCCGGACAACUCUGUUUUGUUCGCGGACCAGAACGACACGCAGGAGCGAAAGUUGGUCCCGCAACUCUACCUGGAUGACGUCCUUUCGCUGCGCUGGGGCAAGGAAGCCACGUAACUGAAUUUGAUAAAUGUUUGUUUCCACUUUUAUUUUUUUCAACAUGAAGAUGAAGAAGAAGAAGGAGAAGAGCGCAGUGUAGUGAGAAAAAGAAAAAUUUUGCUUUUCGGAAGAUGCUUGGCUGUUUUGAUGAUGUCCAUAUUACUUUGCUGAAACGUCGAAGAGAAAAGAAUAGGAGGACGAAACUGUUUCUAUAAAUCUUCCUCUUCUCAUUCUCUCCAGUCUCUACCGCGAACGCCCCAAAUCGACCACUCCCCUAUCCCGGAGAAAAAAGCGAGUGUGCCAUACUUGUGUUGCGAGAAUGAAUAGAAGUUGUAUCAUGGAUCAGAGCAUAGACUCUUGACUAGCAGGCCGUACUUCUAGGCAGCUCGAUCCCAUUACAGGAGAAUGCGAUCAUCGUUUGCCUAUUCUCAUUUUUUCCGUGUAGUACAAACAAGGACUUUCGCUUUUUCCUCGUCGAUAUCCGUGGCUGGCCUUCUCGCUUAUCAAAUGCAAAAAUGUCUGGGUCUGGCAACUUGUGUUGCUGAUACUUGCAUUGCAAACUUGCUGCUUGUACGGCAUAACAGCAUGAGAAAUUUCCCUCGGCUCCUUGCGGAUUCAUUCGUGUUUAGCAUUACACACUGCCAUCUUCCAGCACGACAAAAAACCUGGCCAAUGGUAUUUAUGCAUUACAGAUCUUGUUGUCCUUGAAGUCCUGCGUCACAAAUCCAGACCCAGACAUAUUUGCAUUUGAUAUCGGUUUUCGUGUACCAAAACCAUGGCGACGUGGAUGACAACUACCAACUAUCCACUGGAAAACAAAGCGUCCUCGUCUGGCGGCGGCGGCUUUGAAACUUGUUAUGCUGAAUUUAUAAUUGCAUAACUUAUUGGACAAUUGAGACACAACGCACUGUCGCUUUCACUCGCAGCGAAACCUGGCAGACGACGAAUGAACUUUGUAGGAAAAUUAGUGCGAUGAAAGAAGCCGUUUUAGUUGUACAUGCGGCCGUUCCACUGUCGUUAAUGCGCUAGGCCCAGACCACGAGGCAGUACUUGUCGUAAAUCUGCAUACCCACCUCCACCAAACGAAACGCGGAUCCAGGAGUGGAAUUUUUUGGCCGAAAACGACGAGCAAAUGGAGUUUUUCAUGGUGUACUUUCACGAGUUAUCAAAUGCAAAAAUGUCUGGGUCUGGAAGAAUGCAAGUUUGUGAUGCUUGUCUGGCAUGACUCGCGAAUCUGUGUUGCAUAGGCACGAAAAUGCCCUCUUGCCUGUCAUGCAAAAACGCAGCUUGCCAUGGCAUGCGAAAUACGUAAGACAUAGGAGUCAAAAAAUUUGUCAUGCGUAGCUGCGUAAUAUUGCAGUGCGUCUACCAUUCACUUUCAGCAUUACAAGUUUCCAGACCCAGACAUAUUUGCAAUCCAUACGAGUUUUGUGAGCACCUGAAUCCCAUGACCCGCAAGGAGUUCGUGCGACUUCGGAAGAACCUGAAGCUGGAGCACUACUGCGAGGAAAAAAAAAUCACACAAGGUAGUUUGAAGUUGAACUAUUUUACGAAAACGGACAAUUUGAUGAAAAUGUUUCACGGGUUACUUGCUGUUUUACUUUUAUCAUCGUUGAUACGGAUAUCAACUAGCGAUCUCGAUGUAUAGACUUCUUGAGUUGCUGCACUAUUAUGACGACGAUCAUAUUAAUUUAGCGAACUGGAGGACAGUAAGCACGUGAUCCCAGGGAGAUACUACUAGUUGAGAUUGAGGAACAGGAACAGAAACAAGCAAUAGCUAUGCUACUGCAGGGUCUUCACAGAAGAUGAAAAUCUAAAACUUUUUAGGUCAGCUCUUUCGGCACGCCGUGAAGCGGGCGGUGCUGCUGCAGGGGCUUUAUCAAAUUCAAAAGUGUCUGGGUCUGGAAGAUUCUUGCAUUUGUCAUGCCUGUCUGACAUGACGCUAGAAUCUCUGAUGCAUGGGCACGAAAAGGCUCUCCUAUCUGUCAUGCAAAAACGCAGUUUCUCAUGCGGAAUACACAACACAUAGCAGCUUAAAAAUUUGUCAUGCUUGGCUGCGUAUUGCAGUCCAGCUAUCAUCCACUUUUAGCAUUACAAGUUUCCAGACCCAGUUAUUUUUGCACUUGAUAGGCUUGCCGCUUCCGCGAAAGCCACCCGGGAGACAACGGAGAAGCGACGGAAAUCCGUGCAAGAUACCAUCUAUCCUGUGCAAAAGUAUCGUACUCGUAUCGCGAUCAUGCAUAUACAAAUCUUGUUCUGAAGGUAAAUCAGCAUAGCAAAUUUUAUCUCUCAUGCUGAGAAAAUUUGUAAUGCAUUUUUUUAUCCGAGUGCGAUACUUUUGCAGUUCACACCAUCAGCGACGUGCUGCUAGAGAAGGGCACGGUGGAACAAGACAAAGCCACGCGCUAUGAAUUGCGAGUAUGUCUGAGUCUCGAAAAGAGGAAGCUCUAUACUUGCGUGUCUUGGAAGAUUCGGAUUGAUGUAAAAUCUGUUUCUGUAUUGCAUGACCAUCAACAAACAAAACGAGCUCUGUCUUGAUGUCAGGCAAAAGCACAGUAUGCUCUGCGCACUACGCAUGAGGAAGCGUCCUCAGAAUUUUUCAUGCCCGUCUGCAUUCAGGAGUGUCAUGCUCAACACUCGCCACUUAGCAUCACAAAUUUCAUUCAGACCCAGACAUAUUUGCAUUUGAUACGCGCGGCAGAAAGUCCUCGUCUGCGACAUCAGCCGGAGGGUCAGGGCGAGACCAGGCCGAUGAUCUCCACCCGCAGGUGGACACAGAAUCCAGAGACACAGACCCCGCCGCCGCAGGGGUCGUGGAGCAAAGUAUCAAAAGGAAAAAUCCCCCCUCCCCAUAUUGCCAAGGCACGUUUUCGAAAAUUUGCGUUGCUGAUUUGUGACCACAAAUCGCCUCUGUCUUGCAUGAAGGCAACUCCACAGGCUCCGCCGCAUUCUACAGGUGCUUUGUCAUGCUGUUGCACCUACAGCAUAGACGUCUGCCAUGCUAAGCGCCUAGGCCAAAACCUGGCGCGUCAGGCUUAGCAUGGGCCUGCAUUCCUCGCCAGCAAGACAAAUUUGAUUUGUGUGUGUACGCAAAUCCAGCAUCACAAACUUCGUUUUGAUAUGGGGAGGGGGGUUGUUUCAUUCUGAUACAAAGUGGUUUGAAGCAAGAAACCCUCGAGGAGCGGAAGGCCGCCGCAAAACAGCGACAGCAGGAAAAGCUGAAAUCGCUGCUUUCUACCGUAAUGUAUCGAAUGCGAAGACUGGCAGUUUCAAAUCAGUGUUCUUGCAAAAAAAGUAGUCUUGCAAAAGUUGCGUGCGCGAUAUUUUUCUGUACGCACGAUGUUACAUUGCCGGCCACAUGAAAAAGGUACCAUGAAGAGUACGAAUAGAAAAAGUUUAUGAGAGAUAGGACUUGGAGGGCUUGGGGCACCAUCUACUUCGCCGGUUUAUCUAAAAUUUACGGACAAUUCUAUGCUGCCGUGUUUGCAAUCGAUACAGAGACGAAAACGGAAACGGCUGCGAAGUCGGUGGAUGAGCUCUUGGAGGCGCAAAGUUUAGACCUCAACCGGCUGCUGGAGGUGGAACGGGAGCGCAGGAAAAUAUCAAAAGGAAACAUCCCCCCACCCCAUUAUAUCGACAUGGAAAUCUGUGAUGCGGAAUUUGUGUACACAAAUCGGUUUUGUCUUGCAGUAGAGGACUGCAGGCAGAUAGAGAGCCUGAGUAAGCGCGUUUCGGUGUAGGCGCCUAGCAAGGCAGUCGCGUCCUCUGUAGGCCAUACAGCGUUACAAAGUCCCUGCAGAACGCGGCGGGGUUUUUCGAUUUGCCUUCUUGCAAUACAGAGACGUCACAAAACAGCAUCACAAAUUUUCAGAAGUGUCCCGGGUUGAUAUGGGGGGGGGAGAUUUUUCCUCGCAAUAAAAAAUCCACAAAAACGAGGAGGAAAUGAAACAGAAGGGAGGUACCUACUAG